AUGGCGGGACUGUUGUCUUGUGCGUGUGUCUGCAAGCAGUGGUACAGAUGUGCCCAUCUGCCCGACGUGUGGACCAGAAGAACCGUCACAGUUGACUUUACUUUGAGCGCUGAUCACUCCUUCUACAAACCGACAGAGGAAACCACGACUGUCUUAAAGACAUUCAGACACUGUCUUAGGAACGUGAAGCUCUCCCUUCCACGGGAGGAAUGCCCUUACGCCAAGUCUCGUAAUGUCACGCGAAAAAUCGCGUGGGUGGAGGUGAGCAUCCUAGUGCUAGCAGCUGCGCAUGCGGGACGCCUGAACAGCUUGGAGCUGCACGCCUUUGAACACACGCUAUACAAGGACCCUGUCUGUGCCGGCCGUCGGUGCAGUUCCAUCACGUUUCCCAUGAAGGAAUUUCUCAGCGAGGUCCUCGCCUGUUCCCCGGGGCUCCAACGUUUGGUAGUGAACGGCCUCCAGUGGGAGCAGUGCGGUAUAUUCCCCUCUUCCCUACCCUUGCUGCCGAACCUCCGCCAUCUUGCCCUGAACUACACCAAGGAUUACGACACCAGGACGAGAGCUAGAGGACGCCGGGACAAAGUACCGAGACCGGUGUCGCUGUUACCUGAGUCGCCUUCGCAGAUACAGAUUCUGAAGUUACAGAGCACAUAUAUCAUUGAAAAGUUUUUACAGGUCUUGAGUUCAGGAGGACUCCCGUGUUUGAAGACGCUCGUGGUGGUGACUCGGAACGAACGAUACAACCCUUUCUUGCUGUCGGGUUGGGCCGACGUGUUCCGACGAUUGCCGACGUUGCGACUCGGGCUGUUCUUUCUUGACGUCCACAUGACCCCUGAGGAGUUUUGGCCCUUCCUGAGACCUGACCUGCCGGUCACUGACCUGGGAUUUUGUACCCCAAGCGUUUUUCCAAGCCUACAGAUAGAAGCUGUGAUGAGAAUGAUACCCGACUUAUACAGCUCAACACUCGAGUCGUUCUUUUUGCUCGGGAUUUGCGGACUGUUCUGUCAAGAAAGCCUGGUCGACAUCGUCCGGAAAUGCACGAAGCUGGCGAAGCUGGUCGUCGAACCGACGCUUCUAGCCGAGACGGUGGCGAAGAUUGCCGAAGCGGGCCGGAGUCGGCUGAAGACGCUGGUCGUUCAGUGGAUGAUGGACAGGGUGAAGUCCGAUCCGACACGACUGCGCCUGCUCAGUGCAGACGACAUUCGAACUUUGAAAGAUCACGUGACCGCGACUCUACAGCAGCCCUCUGAAGUUGCGCUGCACACCAAAAUGGCACCAAACUAUCGACUUCACGUGGAAAACUUUAUAUAA